AUGGGGAGUGCUGCCAAACGCAAUGUCCCUCAGCGUAACGAGUGCUUUCUAACACUAAACCUACCUGAGGCCCCAGCGGGGUCUGGACAGGAGAGACUCAAUCACGAUCUCCUCCUGUUGAGAUCUAUUCUCGAGAAAGUAUUCAAGGGUGAAGAAAACGUGGCCAAUGAUAUCAAGGUGAAGGCAGCAUUUCGCCUGGGUAAAGUAAAGGACAGUGGCCUUCCUCGCCCUCUGAAUGUAGUUCUCGGAGCCAAGACUCAAGCCGAGGAGGUGUUCCGCCGAUCAUACUGUCUGAAAGGCAACCCGGUGCGACUGUUGUGUGAUCUGGAGCCGGAGGAUCGUUUGAAA